UUAGCGAUGGAGGAGGACGAGCUGCGGCGCCAAGCCCAGGCGAUCGAGGCCUGCAUUGCGCCGCUCCAGGUCGCGAUCAAGGAUGUGGAGCUCCUGUCGCGGAGGAUUCCCGCGGCCGAGGAUUUCCACUACUACUCCAAUUUCUCGAAUUUCCGGGGGCCCGUGGCGAGCAUGAAUGCGCGCGCCCAGGCGCUGCUCUCCGAGAUCGGUACGUGCAAGAAGCUUAGAUCCGAGGCAUCGGCGUGGCCGGCGGAUGUGGAGGAAUCAUACGACUGGCUUGUUGGUGUCCAAGACGAUGUUCUGGAAGGCGUUGGAUCGGCUCUGGAUGAAUUGGGCCUGGGAGCUGGGAAGAGACCGCCGGAUUUUCUUCUCCGCAAGGGCAAGAAAAAGAACGCUCCUUUUGCGAGCGGCAAUGCGAGCGAGAGUAAAUCCUCCACCACGUCGCAGAGAGCUGUGAAAGUGGCUUCUCAGAAGAAGGAGCGGCUUCCAGUUCCUUUUCAUGUCAGGUCUCUUCCUCGCCCACAGGACAAGUUCGACUACCCGGCUGAUAACUCCAACUCGCCUUUCAAGCAUCUGUCUAGAGAGGUGCUGCUGGGUCGGUCACAGGCUAUGGCUAUGGAGGAGACUGGAAGUGCCAAGCCUCAGUCAGCACUCGAGCUUCAUGCUAAGAGCUUGGGUUUGAUGGAGACACCGGCUGUGCAUCCUCUCAAGGAGGAGCUGACAAGUAUGGAGUAUAUGAAGGAGUUUCCUGCUGAUGGACCUGAUGAGCCUGUGAAACCAAAGUCUUUGAGUGAGACGCCAUUGUUUAUCGUGGAAAGCCUUCCGGCUUUAGAGACGAUGGCUGCGAAGCUGCGUGCGAGUUCCGAAAUCGCGGUGGACCUGGAAAAUCAUCACUAUCGGUCUUUUCAAGGCUUUGUAUGCUUAAUGCAAGUCUCUACGCGUUCCCAAGACUUUAUUGUGGAUACCUUGGUUCUCAGAAGCCAUAUUGGCCCAGUCUUGAGAAGUGUCUUCGCAAAUCCUUCUAUCCGAAAGGUCAUACAUGGAUCAGACCGUGAUAUUCUGUGGCUUCAACGGGAUUUUGGCAUUUACGUGUGUAACUUGUUCGACACUGGUCAGGCCGCGAGAGUGUUGCGGAUGGAGAGAUUUGGAUUGGCUUUUUUACUGCAGACAUUUUGUGAAGUUACUCCUGAUAAGCGGUAUCAGCUUGCCGAUUGGAGACUUCGUCCACUCAGUGCUGAAAUGUUAAAGUAUGCGAGAGAGGACACACAUUACUUGCUGUACGUUUAUGACAAGAUGAAGGGGCUGCUUCGAGACGCAGAAACUACUGAGGACCUUUAUCUGGAGGUCUGUCAACGGAGCCGCGACCUUUGCUUACAAUUGUAUGAGAAGGAACUCUUCACUGAAAGCUCGUUUUUGCAUAUUUAUGGGCUAGCCGAAAAGAACUUGACCCCUGAGAAACUUGCGAUAGUUGCUGGAUUGUACGCUUGGAGGGACAAACUUUGUCGAAGCGAAGACGAAAGCACUGGAUACAUUCUACCUAAUAGUCUACUGUUCCGUCUUGCUGAGGAUGCUCCUCAAGAUGUGAAAAGGCUACAAGGAAUUUUAAGGCGUGGGCACCCUGUUGCGGCCUUUCACUCAGCUGCUCUUCUGAAAGUGAUUCGAGACGCGGCAAAGACCGUUGUCACGCAGCAACCAGUACCAGUUCCAGAGCCAUCCAAACCAGAAGAAGUUGAAGAAGGCGAAAUCAACGAUACAAUGGUGCCAACCAGUCCGGCAGCCACCGAACAUUUUGUCCAACAGCUUGACGUGGUGACCACUGUGAAGACGGUUCCAUCGGUCCCGGAAGGCACUUCGCUUGCCGUGUUCGAUGAACCAGGUUUCGAAACCGUUGAAGAAGCCUUGGAAACGUCCGCUGCGAAGCUACAACAAGAGACUGUGCCUACGAUGCAAGUCAAGAGGUCAUCAGUCGCAGACGCACUCUUCCGGGCUUCCUCCGCACAUCUCGAUAGCGACGAAGACGACGAUGAAGAGGCGAUGGCAAAAGCUCUGGCCAUACGGGCUUCACUCUCGUUCCCGAGCGUCAAGGCAGUCCCUAUGGAGGAACAGCAGAUUGUUCCCGACGGGAAGACUAGCUCAGUGGCGGCAUUGGAGAUCUGUUCUCCGGUGGUGGAAGUUACUGGCCCGGUCUCCAAUCUGGAAGAAGUAAUAUUGCUUGAAGAUGGCGAUAACGAAACCAAGGACACCACGGGGGUGGAUCAAGCCGGGGCUGAUCAAGGCGACGAAGAUGGUACGCCUGCUACGAGAGAUCCCGGAGCAAGCGAGCUACCUCUCUCGCUCAACGAACGUUACGGUGGUAGCGGCAAGCAGCAGCAGAACAGGAAGAGAGAACGGAUGAGAAAGGGCCGGAAGCGAGCAAGCGACUCCGCGACCGGUGACGCUGGUGCCAAAGACGAGGCCGAGGUGACGCCGUUCAGCGUGAAGCGGGACAAGAGAGAGCCUCACUUCGAUCCGGCCGUGAGUGCCGAACCAAAGCUAAACGGUGUCCUGCAAGGCGGGAAGAGGAGGACCGUGUUUCCAAAGUCUGGUAACAGGACUGCGAUCUUCAAGUAAAUUGAAUACGUGAUGGAAUGAUGUUAUUUUUCUUGGAGAAUCGAUAAAAAGACAUUGUAAGUGUUCUAAAAUCCAAUAUUACGUCUGUUGUGGCCACGCUUUCCAUGGCAA